AUGCUUUUAAUUUUCUUCUUUCCUUCCUUCCUUUAUUCGCUUAUUCUUUUCUUUCUUUCUUUCUUUCUUAGUACAUUCGUUCAUUUCUUUAUUUAUUUCUUCCUUCCAUUAUUCAUUACUCCCUUUCUUUCUUCCUUCGUUCCUCCUUAUUUUUCCUUUCUUUCUUUUUUCUUUCUUUCUUUGUUCAUUCCAUUCUUUCUUACUUUAUUUUUUCUUUCUCUCUUUCUUCAUACAUUCAUUCAUUUCUUCACCCAUUGCCUUCUUUCUUUCUCCAUUCAUUCCUUCCUUCAUUUUUCCUUUUUCUUUCAUUCUUUCGUUCAUUUGUUCUUUGUUUAUUUAAAUCUUUCUUUCUUCGUUCAUUCCUUUCUUUUUUCAUUCAUUUCUUUCUUUUUACUUUUCUUUUCUCUUUCUUCCAUCAUUUAUUCCUCCCUUUCUUUCUUCCUCUUUCCUUCUUUCGUUUCUUUCUUUCUUCCUGCCUUUCUUUCUUAG